AUGAAGCAACCAGUGAGAGGACCAGAGGCGCCCAGAGACAACACAAGCGGACCUGUGCUGAAGUCUCCUCUGGUCUCUGAGCAGAUCCCCGCUCUGUCCAUGUCCCCUGUGCCCAUGGAGCCUGUGUCCCUCUCUGUCCCCUGUGCCAUGGUGCCUGUGUCCGCUCUGUCCCCUGUGCCCAUGGUGCCUGUGUCCUCUCUGUCCCUGUGCCCAUGGUGCCUGGUCCCUCUCUUCCCUCCUCUACCCAUGGUGCCUGUGUCCUCUGUGCCCAUGUGCCUGUUGUCCCUGCGAACGGAGCACCGCUCCAUCUCAGGCUGA